AUGGCGUUUCCCUACAUGGAAGCUGUUGUCGGGUUUAUGAUAUUGAUGUACAUUUUUGAAACUUACUUGGAUUUGCGACAACACUCGGCACACAAACUUCCUUCUCUUCCCAAGUCUUUAGAAGGAGUAAUCAGCCAAGAGAAGUUUGAGAAAUCUAGAGCCUAUAGUCUUGAUAAGAGUCGCUUCCAUUUUGUUCACUCGUUUGUGACAAUCCUUACAGACUCUACGAUUUUGUACUUUAAAGUAUUACCAUGGCUUUGGAAGAAAUCAGGAGAUUUUGUGACACUAGCUGGUCUCAAUGCAGAAAAUGAAAUACUUCACACCCUUGGCUUUUUAGCUGGUUUGAUGAUCUGGUCACAGACAACUGAUUUGCCCUUUUCUCUGUACAAAACUUUUGUGAUUGAGGCCCGUCAUGGUUUUAAUAAGCAAACACCAUGGUUAUUCUUCAGGGACAUGAUAAAAGGCAUUUUUCUUUCCAUAAUAAUUGGCCCUCCUAUUGUGGCUGCAAUCAUUGUAAUCGUACAGAAAGGAGGUCCAUACUUGGCCAUCUAUCUAUGGGCAUUUAUGUUUGGUCUAUCUCUUGUGAUGCUGACUAUUUAUCCAAUUCUAAUUGCUCCACUCUUCAACAAGUUCACUCCGCUUCCAGAAGGUCCACUCAGGGAGAAAAUUGAGAAACUUGCUUCCUCCCUCAAGUUUCCAUUAAAGAAGUUGUUUGUUGUUGAUGGAUCCACAAGAUCAAGUCACAGCAAUGCUUAUAUGUACGGAUUCUUCAAGAACAAGAGGAUUGUGCUUUAUGACACAUUAGUUCAACAGUGCAAAAAUGAUGAGGAAAUUGUUGCUGUUAUUGCCCAUGAGCUUGGACACUGGAAGCUCAGCCAUACCGUGUUCACCUUCAUUGCCAUGCAGAUUCUUACACUCUUGCAAUUUGGAGGAUACACAAUAGUGCGGAAUUCAACUGAUCUGUUCCAAAGUUUUGGGUUUGAUUCACAGCCAGUUCUCAUUGGACUCAUCCUAUUCCAGCAUACGGUAAUCCCGCUCCAGCAAUUAGUCAGCUUUGGUAUGAAUCUUGUGAGCAGAUCAUUUGAAUUUCAGGCUGACGCCUUUGCUAAAAAGCUUGGAUAUUCAUCUUCGUUGCGAGCUGGUCUUGUGAGACUACAGGAGGAGAAUCUGUCAGCUAUGAAUACAGAUCCAUGGUACUCUGCUUAUCACUAUUCUCAUCCUCCCCUAGUUGAAAGAUUGGCUGCACUUGACAUACCAGAUAAGUCAGACUAG